AUGAGCUGUGGCUCCAAGCAGCCCUUGAAGAGCUGCCUGCGCGGCGGCAGCGGCGGCGGUGCCGGGGGCACGUUCUCCUCCGCCUCCUCCCAAAGAUGCGGCUCCUCGCGGAGCAGCGGUGCCGGCAGGACGGCGGGUAGCGCUUGUGGUGGAGGAAGCUCCAGGAGCAGCCACGGCGGGGCCGGCAGCGGGGCCCGGAUCAGGCACAGCAGCUUCGGAGGGGGGACAAGCAGCGGCGCUUACGGAGGGGCCCUGAGCUACGGGGGUUAUGGAAGGAGGAUGAGCACAGGCUGCUACGGAGGGGCCAUGAGCGGUGGUGGUUACGGAGCGGGAAUGGGCUCCGGUGGGAGCUUUGGAGGCUUUGGACCAGGCGGCGGCAGCUUCGGUGGUGGUUAUGGAGGCAGCUUCGGUGGGGACGGGGGUGGUUUCAGCGGCGGUGGCUUUGGUGGAGGCAGCUUGGGGCUCCUCUCCGGCAAUGAGAAGCUGACCAUGCAGAACCUCAAUGACCGCCUGGCUUCCUACAUGGAGACGGUCCGAAAUUUAGAAAAGGAAAACGCUCAACUUGAGCAGCUAAUCAGGGAGUGGUACCAGAAGCAAGGGCCCGCUGGUGCCAAGGACUACAGCCACUACUAUGGAACAAUUGAAGACCUUCAGAAACAGCUUGUGACUGCAGCUGUUGAAACUAACAGGAUGCUUCUGGACCUGGAUAACACACGCAUGACCGCCGAAGACUUCAGGAUGAAGUACGAGACGGAGUACGGCCUGCGGCAGAGCGUGGAGGCCGAUAUCAACGCACUGCGGCCCAUGCUGGACGACCUGACCCUGGGCAAGUCUGACCUGGAAAUGCAGUUUGAGUCCCUCAAGGAGGAGCUCAUUAGCCUCAAGAAGGACCAUGAGGAGGAAAUGAGAUCACUGCAAGCACAGUCCAGUGGCGACGUGAACGUGGAAGUCAGUGCUGCUCCAGGAGAGGAUCUGCUGAAAAAGCUGAAUGAUAUGAGACAAGAAUAUGAAAGAGUUAUCCAGAAAAACCGUGAAGAGGUUGAAAGUUGGUAUGAAAGCAAGAUGGAGGAGGUGAGUCAACAAGUCCACUCCAGCGGCCAGGAAUUAGAAUCAAGCAACCAACAGAUCUCUGCACUGCGCCGUGAAUAUCAGAGCCUGGAAAUUGAGCUGCAGUCGCAGCUCAGCAUGGUACGGUCCUUGCAAACCAACCUGGAGGACACCGAGCGCCGCUAUAACAUGCAGCUGCAGCAGAUCCAGGGCAUGAUCGGCCCCGUGGAGGAGGAGCUGGCCAGCAUCCGCUGCGAGAUGGAGAGCCAGAACGAGGAGUACAAGAUGCUGCUGGGCAUCAAGACGCGCCUGGAGCAGGAGAUCGCUCAGUACCGGGCCCUGCUGCAGGAGGGACAGCAGAAUAUUAGGUACGUAUAUCCAUAG